AUGGCGCUUGCGGCCGAGUCCGAGGCUGCGCAAAAGGCGCUGAUGGAGGCGGAGGGAUGGCAAGGCGGAUCAGUGUGUGCGGCGGCGGCGGUGGCGGGCGCGUGGAACGCUGCCCACGGCCAGAGCCUUGUGGCUCACUUGGGCAAGCCGGCGCACGGUCUCGCACUGUGCACCCGCGACGUGCUUGACGUGUACGAGGCCAUGCUUGGGAAGAAGGGCGGGAGCAAGCUCUACCGCAACAAGGCCAACACCAAGGCAAAGAUGUCGACGUGGUGCAUCGGCAACGACAAGAUUAUCCGGGCGGUCAAGUCCGCGCACACCAAGGUCCGCAACGGGAACACCCACCUGCGGACGACGGCGCGGACGUACAUCAACACCAAAGAGCUCGACAAGACCGGAGAGGCACCGGAGCGCAAUCAUGCAGCAUGGGAGGCAGUCAAGACCGCGCUGGCGACGCCGCGAGUCGUGCUCCUCUUCCACACCAAGAAUCACUACUGCCUCAUCUCGGCCUGGCGCGAGGUCCGCGACGAUGAGUCUGGUACGCUCCGCCGCCAGCUCAUGUUUGCGCCCAAGGGCCAGCGCCCGGACCGGGUCAUCGACUGGGACGACGUCGUCCGCAUCAUCACCCACUACAAGACGUACAAAAUACUGCGCAUCGAGGGCUACUCGGUGACCGACCCGGCCAUGGCCAUGUCGGACGACGCGCUGCCGCCGUCGUCCGAGGCCGGUGAUGUGCCGGUGGUGUGGAUGGGAGCUGACGGUGAGGCCGCAAAGUAG